GAUCAAGUGCUGACUCUGGAAUUGCAGGUCGCGCUCGCGUAGCGAGAAAGAAGGGCCACGGUUAUAUCACACGACGUGAAAACGGAUGCAUUGAGUUUGAAGACCCCCAGAAUGGUCACCUUCCCCCGAACGCUCGUGGACGACUCAAGAGGCAGAAUUCCCGAGGCGAUGUCUUGCACGAAGUUGGGGUUGGCUGUGAUCGUCGACACCUCGAGUUCGACGUACACGCUGAGCGUCUCCGUCGAGCGCGCGCCGACUUCCCCUUCCAUCACCGGCGCCUGUCCGACCAAGACACCGCGGUAGAAGAUCAAGGUCGUCCCGCUCUCGAACUCGAAGCCGGCGUAGUUGGGAUUCUCGAUGGUGACGGCCACAACCAGCGUAAUGUUCAGCAUGAAGUUGGGGAAGGGCUGGAACUCGAUCUGCCGGAGGCCGACCACCGUGCCGCGCACUUCCGGUUGCUUCGGCUUGAAGACCGUUAAGUAUAGGAUGAUGAGGGUCACGAGCAGCAGAAGAAUGAGGAAGCAGCAAACCUGAGACCCUCUGCGAGAUCUGGUUUUGGUCGUCAGCAUGGUGGAAGAACACCUGUAGCCGUUUGCAGCAGUGAAGAGAAUGGAUGGGAGAGACCGUCUUAGGAAGAUAAGGCUUCGGUGGUUCGAAGUUCGUGAAUCGUUAUCGGUGCAAACAACGGUUGUUGGGGUGUCAAAAGGAGAAUAAUUGUGGUGCACAGUACAGGACCGACGCUAAAGGUUGCUUCUGCUGUGCGAUAAAGAGCACCAUAGAACUUGUUGGGGGCGGGGUCUGCAGACGUUCGCGUGACAGACGCUAAGAAGAAAGGAAAAGAAGAUUGUACAUUGUACGAGGAUGAAUGAGAUGGGGUUUGCAUUGGCGGUCUUCACAAUUGGGAAUUAGCAACUUGCAGAACCGUGUGUGAUCUGCGGGGGAGAUUACGGGGAGUUGAAGCAUGAUGGUUAAUACGAGAACAAAGCAGAACAAUCCUGAUCAAAGAAUAAUAUCAUGAUCGAUUGCAUAGUAUAUAUCAGAUCAUAUAUAUCAGUCAGUGAAAAUGGGCCAAGACGUGUCCAAGAACGGCCCAAAUGGUUGUAAAAACUAUGGGUUGGGUUCGGCUGUGGUAUGGCCUCCUCCCUCCAUUACGAUGCCCUUGUGGACACGUGGAGGGCCACCGUGAAGCUUUGUUUUCUUUAGUGGGACAGAACCGAAUUAGAGAAUAAGAUAUGGAUGUCGGCUGCCCAGUAACAAGUCGGCACCUUGACGAACCCAAAGCCACCAAUUACCACUGCUCUGGUCAACCAUAUAAGGAGUCGUCAUUCGUUCCUAUCUUGGAAGCCUCCCUUUUUGUCUCUUUCUCGCAUCCUUUUCUCCUCGAGCACGCAUACCCCACUGAAACAAAGUUGGGCACACUCUCAUGGUUGCGGUCGCCUUUAGUUCAACUUGCAAGGCGCCUGAUUUGAAGUUUGAGCUACCUGGAGUUGGAUUGGGCAUCGAUGGGAGAGUCAGGAACGAUUUCUAACUCCUCUUCUCCUUCAGGUUAUGCCCUCGGGCCGCCCUGGUUGUUCAGAGGAAGAGCAUUGUACCAGUUACAUCUUGUUAAAGCAGACAUUGCUCGGGCUCUCAUUCCAAAGGAGCUGAAGCUAGUUGAAGCAUUUGGGUAUCAUCUAAUCUGUGUGACCUAUGUUACACGGUAUACCUUAGGUGGGCUGUUUCUUGCUCACUAUGAUGACAGCCCAGCUGGGGAGUUUGAUGAGCUCGUCGUGAUUCCUGGCAUUGUCUGGAACCCACCUACAUCAUGCGCGUGGGCUUCUAGAGUUCUUGUGAAUAGUCACGAGGCUUGCAGGCAUGGCAGGAAGGAAAUAGGUCUCCCAAGUCAAGUUGCUAUUUUCUCCAAGAGAGACACAGCAGCUUCAGAACAGCCAUUAUGUAAGUGCCGAACAAGUUCUAUUCACCCUAAGCCAAAAGAACAGAGUGAGAUUCAAGUGUUAGAGAUGGAGGAUUCUUCUCAGAUAUUCAUUUGUAACAUCAGUUUACCUUUUGCUGCAGGUGACAAUCGGAUGGGUCCUCAGAUUAGGAUAUCACUUCCAAGCUUUAGUGGCCAGACUAUAUACAAUCCUCGUCUUCUUAAAUAUUCCUGCCAAGUUGACUGCAGGGUAAGAGCAGUGGAGGCUGCGAAGAUAUCAAGGCCAAGGACUACUCAGCUCAACGAAUUUCCUAAUGCCACUGAAGUGAAAAAAAUCAACUUUGAUGACAGAUUAACAACUGAAAAUGAAGAGAGAGAACGAAGCAUUGAAGUUUUACUAUCAAAGCCUAUACUGGCUCUAGAGUUCAGUCUUCUGAAAAUGCAAGUUGAGGCUCCGACAGAUGUCACUACACAAUCUAGAUCUAAGAAGAAUCAAGUGGUAGAUUUAAGAACUUGCGAAGUUAAAUAAUACAGCAAUCUUGAACAGUUGUCUUACCACCCUUUUCAGUAUCCAUUGCAUGGUUUGGGACAUAACAAUAUGCAUUUUGAAAGAGUUGAUCGUGUGACUACCCUCAAUCCCACAAGUGAAACAGUUGGCUGUAUUGGUUCGAGGAAGUUUGCAACUGGAAAGCUACUAAGUAACUUAAGUUGCAUAGCUAUUUUGUUUCUUACAAGAAUGUCAGCAUAUUCACUAAAAGUGUGCCAAAAAGAAUGUUAUACAAUAAUGAUUGGUUUCAACCAUAUUUUUAAGAUGAAAAUGGUGGUCAGCGCUUGGAUACCAUUGUCAUUCA